AUGUCCAGGUCAACACGGCGCCUACCAUGGUCGUGUACUACGGCGCUUACCUCUUUGUUCCUGCUUGCACUCUCUCUCGAUUCCCUGUCCAAGAAUGCUGACGAUGAUAAAGCUGGGACAGAGGCAGUGUUGCUGCUCACAAGACAACAAGGUUUGAAGCAGUCGCUGCUCUGCAAGCGCACACCGUUGUCGAUGAGGGUGAACGCCAGGAUGGACGCGAAAUCACUCAGUCGUCUGAUCGGUGAGAUGUCGAGCGAUGCGGACCAGGACGAGCAGGAAGCAAUUCACUCGAGCGAGAUUGCUGCCAGCCCUGGAAUUGUGCAAAGGCUGAUUGAGGCCGAGAUCAAGAUUAUCAAGGGCGAACAGAAAGAAAUCAUGGAUGUGAAACGUAAUCUGUUGACGCAUUUCGACUCUCCGAGCUGUUAUGAUCUUGAACAGGACUCUUCUUUUGACAAGACCUCGAUGGGAUACUUGAGACAUAGGCUGAGAGGAAUGCAGAUGACAAGAGCUCUGUGGGAUUGUUCGAGCAAAAACAUGAAUAUUGGAAACAAGCCCAACUACCACGUGGUGCACCGGAACUGCAAAGAGACAAUGCCACGUCCUCACGGCAGAUGA